CAACGGCACCCACGGCGGCUGUGGGGCAGGGGGUGUCCUGGCUGGAGACCCCCUCAGGGCAGCCCUGGACCAGGUCUGGCCAGGUCUCUCCUUGCCCUGUUUAUUGGGACGCUGAAGGCACUGGGUUUACGGUGGGGUCAGCUCCAGAGCAACCCUAGAAAUUGACUGAUUCCCGGCUGAGUUCGGCAAUGGUUUCCUUGCUCCAGGAUCAAGCUAGGAUCAAGUUUCCUUCUCUGGAUCCCCUGGAGAGCAGCCCAUGCGGUGACCGAAUGCAGGCCUGUGAAGAGUCAGGGUCCCCCGCCCGGCAGGAGCAUCCAGCCUUCCACUGUCAGCCUCCCGAUGGACAGGGCCGGCCGGACCGAAACCCUCCUGGAUCGCCACCCAGCUGCGGCGCUUCUCCCCCCUGUCCCGAGCAGCUCUUCGCCCGCUUCCCAGCGGGGCAGCAGCCCCUUCCCCGGGAGAUGGCCGCUUACAAGGUCCCGUCGUCGGGCGAGAAAUUCCGGCGCUCGGCCUACGAGGAGGGCGCCCCCCGCGGCCGCUUCCCCAAGAGCGCCCUGCGGACCCCCUUCCAUCCGUACCAGCGGCAGGUGCCGGAGGAGCCCUUCCCCGCCGCUGCCCAGGAGGGCUUCGAGGAGACGGCGGGGCUGCCGGGCACCUAUCCCCCACCGCUGCCCCACCUCGGCCCCGACCCGGCCUGGAGCAACGGCAUGCAGUACGGCCGUCUGGGGCAGGAGCCCCACAUCCAGCGGGCCCUGGAGGCAGAUGCCAGGCUGAAGGAGCAGCCCAGCCCCUUCUGCUGCCAGCCUCACGGACCACCAGAGUACUGCGCCUCCCACCCCUUCCACCAGUAUCACGUCAGCGGUGCCCGUCCGCUCCCCUUCCUCUCGGCUCCCCACCACCCCUACCAAAGGAUGGGGCCCCCAGGCCACCAGCAGCAGCCACCGCCCCUCUUUCCAAAGCCCAUCUACUCUUACAGCAUCCUCAUAUUUAUGGCACUCAAGAACAGCAAAACUGGGAGUCUACCUGUCAGCGAGAUUUACAACUUCAUGACUGAACACUUCCCUUACUUCAAGACGGCUCCGGACGGUUGGAAAAACUCGGUCCGGCACAACCUGUCUCUGAAUAAAUGUUUUGAGAAAGUGGAGAACAAGACAGGCAGCUCCUCCAGGAAAGGUUGCUUGUGGGCCCUCAACCCAGCCAAGAUUGACAAGAUGCAGGAAGAGCUGCAGAAAUGGAGAAGGAAGGACCCCGUGGCCAUCCGGAAAAGCAUGGCCAAGCCAGAAGAACUCGAGGUGCUGAUAGGGGACAAGGCAGAGAAACUCCUGUCCUGCAGUCCAGCUGGGGCCGCGGGUCCCUCCGUCUCCGGCCAGAUGCCGCUCCAGCCACUGCCUCUCUAUGCCCAGAAUGGGCAGGGGGCGCUGCCCUCCCCUCUGCCAGCCCAGAGCCCCCCGGCAUGCGGGAUGAAGAUGCUGGUGCCCUCCCGGCCGGAGCUGCUGCUGCUAGACGGCGACCUCAGUAUGGAUGUCGAUGCCUUGAACCCUUCCAUCACCGGGUUCGACCUGCAAGGGAACCUUUGGGAGGCGCUGAAGGACGAUAGCCUGGCGGUGGAGCCCCUGGGACUCAUCUCGGCCUCCCCGACAGCUGCCCAGCCGGACUUCCUGGCCCCCUGCCUGGCGGAUGCCAACCACAGCAGCGGUGACAAGCUCCCCCAGCACCAGAACUUCCCUGACGUUCAACUGACCACGCUUUACUCUGCCUUCCUGGAGCUGGACACGGGACUGCCGCCCCCCUACCUGAACCCUCCGGGCUCCAAACCCGUUGCUCUGGUUUAGGCCCUGAGCCAGACCGAGGGGGGAGGGGAGGGCACAGUUUGGCUGAAAUCCUUCACCAGGCUGUGCCAACCAAAAGCCGGCUUCCCACCAGAUCCUCCAGCCUUACCUAAGUGCCUCUUGAAAUGCCAUCAUCCUGCAUCAGCUCGUGAUGCCAGGGACCAAGGAAUGGCUCGCCACCAGCCAGGAUCAUCAGGAAGCACUUUGGCCGAGACUCCAGACCAGACCUGGGCAUUUGACAGCUCUCUGGCCCUUUGGCUGUUCCUGUUCGGCCCCGGGGAUUGAUUGCUUUUAUUUUUGAAGGCAACUGUUUUUUUUCCCCUUCAAUUUACGUAUGUUCAGGUGUGCGUGACUACACACUUUCCCAGCCCCUCCACAAGAGUCCCAGAUGCUCAUGUGGCACCCUGGAAAAAUUAACUGGCCACCCGUCUUGCAGACAAAGGACCGAGACCACCAGUGACGCUGUUUGCAAAACAAUGUUCAAAUUAUGCUCCGAAUGGCUUUCUCAAAAACUAGCCCAGGGAGGGGAAGAUAAGGGGAAGGGAGGAAAGAGAGGCUGCCUUACCCAGGUGGUGCCAGGGCUGAAGACUCAACACAACUCACUUGGGUAAGGCUGGCAUGGAAGAAGACGUAGCGCCAGGAGGAAUCCAGGCGCCAUAGCCUAAGAAAACUCACCCCUACCCAGCACCCGGUGCUCCAAAGACAGGCGACGGACGGGGGCAAACCUCCCAGGAGACCAUGUUUGUCAAAAGCAAUUUUUAUAAAAUGUUCUUAUUAAUGUACAGAUUAGGAUUGUAGAACUUUGGACCAAAGUAUUCACCCUCUGGGCCAUUUUAAUCUUACAAAGACAAAAGUAGGUUUGAAGGUGGUGAAGAAAGGAGCAAAAUCUUUGGGAAGACCUUCGAAUGAAUUUUAUUUAUGCAACUCGCAUCUCCAAGAUGCGUUUACCCCAGGAGUGGCUAAGACGGGCCACUUGAAGACCUGUGAAGUCCACAAGCCUUAAAGUUGCCAGCAUUACACACCUUUGGUCCAGCUAGCUGGGGAAUUCUGGGAGUUGAAAUCCACAAGCCUUCAAGUGGCCCAGGUUAGACACCCCACCCCCGUUUGACACCCAAGUGAUGCUUGAUUAAUGUACAACAACCUCAAUUUUCACCUUUAAUGAAACCCUGCAAAGGGUAUUCAUCUCACAGCUUGUUUUCUUCGACUUCCGAGCACUCUGAAUUUUAUCAAAACUCAGCACAAUAAAUUCUCUAUUUGCACAGUUCAUUUUAAAGGGAAGGACGCCCUCUAGUGGAGCUACUGACCGGUGAGGCUGCGGAUGUCACUGGGGUUGUUCCUUUGACGCCAUCUAGUGGCCUCUUUGAGGGAUGUGGUGGCUCAGUGUUUAAGAUGCUGAGCUUGUCGAUCAAAAACGUUGGCAGUUGAAAUCCCUAGUGCCAUGUAAUGGGGUGAGCUCCCGUUCCUUGUCCCAGCUUCUGCCAACCUAGCAGUUCGAAAGCACGUAAAAAAUGCAAGUAGAAAAAUAGGGACCACCUUUGGUGGGAAGGUAACAGCAUUCCGUGCGCCUUUGGCAUUGAGUCAUGCCGGCCACAUGACCACGGAGACGUCUCCAAACAGCGCUGGCUCUUCGGCUUUGAAAUGGAGAUGAGCACCACCCCCUAGAGCGGGAACCACUAGUACCUAUGUGCAAGGGGAACCUGUACCUGUACCUGUAGUGGCCUCUUUGGGGAGGCGCUACAGAGUUAGAACAGAAUAGAGCUGAAAUGGACUUUGGAGGUCUUCUAGUCCCACUCUCUGCUCAAGCAGGAGACCCUCUACCAUUUGAGACAAAUAGCUGUCUGCUCGCUUCUUCAAAACCUCCAGUGAUGGAGCACCCACAGCUUCUGGAGGCAAGUAGUUCCACUGGUUAAUUGUUCUCACUGUUAAGAAAUUUAUCCUUAAUGCCAGAUUGCUUCUCUCCUUGGUUAGUUUUCAUCCAUUGCUUCUCGUCCUGCUCUCUGGAAACUAAGUUGACCCCCAAUUCUUCUUUGGGGAAGCCCCUCAAAUACUGGAACCCUGCUAUCCUGUCCCCCCUACUCCUUUUCUCUCCCCUGGCCAAACCCAAGUCCUGCAACCAUUUCUCAUGUUCUAGUUUCCGUAUUUGCUUUUUUUGGAAGAAAGCAGAGCGGGAGGGAAGUUUCCCUCUGGAAGGAGCAAAGGUCCCGUCCUGAUGUUCCCUCUGGGGGCCCCUUCAGCCUCUACCCUAAAGAAUCAAGAGGAGGCAGAGGGCAGCAAAGCAUGGUGCCAAGGGGCCAGUUUUCCUUGACCUGCUGGUGCCCCUCUGCCCCGAGGCAUGCAAGGAGUGCUCACUACAAAGGAGCUUCUGGCUCAAGCCAAGGGGGCCGAGAAAUGGGACUCAAGGGGGCUCAAUCGACCCUGUGUUUGCCCAGGCAGUGAGGACAAUUAACCAGUGGAACUGCAUGCCACCAGAAAUCGGUGCUCCAUCACUGGAGGUUUUUAAGAAGAGACUGGACAGUCACUUUUCUGAAAUGGUAUAAGUUCUCCUGUUUGAGCAAAGGGCUGGACUAGAAGACCUCCAAGGUCCCUUCCAGCUCUAUUCUAUCUUAUUCUAAGACCGGCUAUCUCCCCCUCCCCCGAUACCUUGGCAUCCUCCUCUUCAGGGUCCUCAGCAAACCGAGGGGGUCUCGGCAUUGACCGAGAGCGAGAAGCCGUGUAAGCCCAGCAGGAUUCCAGGCGUCCAUCAGAGGCUUUGCAAGUCACACAGG